AUGGAAGACGCCCACGCUGCCUCAGUCCAAGAGGUUUUGGACGAAUUUCAUCUCAAGCCAAACCAUGGCCUAUCCUCGGUCCAGGUCAAAAACUCAGAGAAACAAUGGGGUAAAAAUGUCCUACCCCAGGAGGAUGGAACUUCUCUCUUUGCCAUGAUCCUCGAGCAAUUCAAGGACCAGCUUGUCAUCAUCCUUUUGAUAUCUGCCAUAGUCUCGUUUGCAUUGGCAAUUUUAGAGGAAUCGGAGGACAAGGCAACCGCAUUCGUCGAGCCAUUGGUGAUCUUGUUGAUCUUGAUAGCCAACGCGACCGUCGGAGUGAUACAAGAGACCAAUGCCGAGAAAGCAAUCGAAGCCUUGAUGGAUUACGCACCUGAUGAGGCAACGGUCACUCGAUUCGGGAAAACGUUCAAGGUUCAUGCUUCAGAUUUAGUGCCCGGAGACGUCAUCACCGUCUCUGUUGGUGACAAAGUGCCUGCCGAUGCCCGAGUGAUCUCGAUCUCCUCGGCCUCCUUUACCGUCGAUCAAGCCGUCCUCACCGGUGAAUCUCACAGUGUUACAAAGUCAACCGAGACCGUCAACCUGCCCGGUGCCGUUAAGCAAGAUAUGGUCAACGUCCUAUUUAGUGGGACUACCAUCGUCAGCGGGAAAGCUCAGGCUGUCGUGGUCGCCACCGGUAGUCGGACCGCAAUUGGUGAUAUCCAUGAAUCGAUCACCAGUCAGAUAUCUCAAAAGACUCCACUGAAGCAAAAAGUCGACGAUUUCAGUGACGUCUUGGCCAAGGUGAUCACUGUGAUCUGUAUCCUCGUCUGGGUUAUCAACAUCCGCCACUUCAAUGAUCCCAAUCAUCAUGGUUGGCUAAAAGGUGCAAUCUACUACUUCAAGAUCGCUGUUGCUUUAGCCGUCGCUGCCAUCCCCGAGGGGCUCCCGGUGGUCAUUACACUCUGUCUUGCCUUAGGCACGACAAAAAUGGCUAAGAUGAAUGCGAUUGUCCGCUCUCUACCAAGUGUCGAAACUCUGGGCUGUACAAAUGUGAUCUGCUCCGACAAAACUGGAACUCUGACCACCAACCAAAUGUCGGUAUCUAAAUUUUUGGUUGUCGAAGGUUCACAAAUAACCGAGUUUGAUGUCAAAGGUACAACAUAUGCACCCGAAGGCCAUGUCUUAGAUGCCGCCGGUCGCCAAUUAGUGGAGCCUGCUGCCGAAUCGUCUGCGAUUGAGAUGCUAGCCCGGAUAUGCGCAUUGUGCAAUGAGGCACAAGUAGUUGUGAACGAGUCUACGCGCACUUACACCAACAUUGGGGAACCAACUGAAGCAGCAUUGAAAGUCUUGGUGGAAAAGUUACAAACUUCCGAUCGAACGUUCAAUGCCAAACUCUCUCAAUUCGCUUCCGAGUCUCGAGUAAGAGCUGUGAACGACCACAUCGAGGCUAGAUACGAGCGAAAAUUAGUGCUUGAAUUUAACCGGGAUCGAAAGUCAAUGUCUGUGCUAGUCACGGAUACUCAAACUGGACGGACCUCUCUGUUUGUCAAAGGAGCCCCCGAAUCUGUUUUAGCUCGAUGUACACAUGUCAGCCAAGGUGGGAACACUGGCGAGCGGGUCAGUCUUGAUCCCCAAACGCGCAAGGGCUUAGAAGAGAAAGUAAAAACAUAUGCAGAGGAAGGCCUUCGAGUGUUGGCCACCGCAGUUAUUGAGGACGUGGAUGACAAUGUGGAACACUACAAGUCAAGCUCAUCUGCUGAUUACGUCAAGUUUGAACAAAACAUGACCUUCGUUGGUCUUACCGGAAUGUUGGAUCCACCCCGCCCCGAAGUCAAGGAGGCGAUCGCCAAAUGUCGUUCGGCGGGAAUCAAGGUGAUUGUGAUCACCGGUGACAACAAGUCGACUGCCGAGACGAUCUGCCGGCAGAUCGGCGUCUUCGAUGCCACAGAGGAUCUAGCCCUACAGAGUUACACCGGAAGAGAAUUCGAUGCCCUCUCGGAAAACGAGAAACUUCAAGCGGUCUUACGUGCUGGCUUGUUCUCCCGAGUCGAGCCAUCCCACAAGCAGAAGAUCGUUGACCUCCUGCAAUCAACCGGAUUGAUUGUCGCUAUGACUGGCGACGGUGUUAACGAUGCGCCGGCCUUGAAGAAAGCCUCGAUCGGAAUCGCGAUGGGAAGUGGAACGGAUGUAGCCAAAUUGGCUGCCGACAUGGUCCUCGCCGACGACAACUUUGCAACAAUCGAAAAGGCCGUCGAAGAAGGCCGUGGGAUUUACGAAAACACUAAACAGUUCAUUCGUUACCUGAUCAGUUCCAAUAUCGGCGAGGUUGUUUCCAUCUUCUUGACUGUCCUCGUCGGAAUGCCUGAAGCGUUGAUCCCGGUCCAACUGUUAUGGGUGAAUCUUGUGACAGACUCCUUGCCUGCCCUCGCCCUCGGUUUCAACCCUAAAGACCAUUUGAUCAUGUCCAGACCUCCCAGAAGCAGCAAAGAACCCUUGGUCGGAGCCUGGCUAUUCUUCCGUUACUGUGUCAUUGGAAUGUACGUCGGUUGUGCUACUGUUGGGGCUUACGCAUGGUGGUUCAUGUACUACGAAGCAGGCCCACAAAUCACAUUCAAUCGAUUGACCAACUUCGGUCAAUGCGCUACCAAUGGGGCCUUGAUGGGUUGCGAUAUGAUCGGAGCCGAGUUCCAGAAGAAGGCGACAACGAUGUCGCUAUCUGUUUUGGUACUUAUCGAGAUGUUCAACGCGAUGAACUCGUUGUCGGAGAAUGAAAGUUUGUUCACCUUACCGUUGUGGACGAACUUGUACCUCUGUGGGGCGAUCUCCUUGAGCAUGGGAUUACACUUCAUGAUCUUAUACGUUCCAUGGCUCGCCAAAUUGUUUGUUAUCACUCCCUUGAAUGUCGCAGAGUGGAAAGCGGUCUUUUGGAUCAGUAUACCCGUGAUCGUGAUGGAUGAAGUGCUCAAAUUUAUCAGUAACACUUUCUUUUCUCUUGAAAUUGAAUCCUCAGAUAAAGAAAAAACGGAAUAA